UGCCAGAGAACAGAUUACCAGGUUUUACUGUCACCACAGUAAACGCAACCGACGAAGACAUGGGCGAGUUUGGAAUAAUUUCGUACAAUAUCCACUCUCCUCUUCUUAGCGAGACCUUCUCCAUUGAGAAAUCUUCUGGAAAAAUAACAACAAAAACCAAACUAGAUAGAGAAAAACACAAAAUGUACGAAAUUCUAGUCAGUGCUACAGACGGAGGUGGACUCUCGGAUUUCAUGACAGUGAGAGUAAAAGUUGGAGACGAAAAUGACAACACUCCAAAAUUUUUGGUCAAAGAGUACAAAGUGAGCAUUCACUCUAACUUAACCACUAGUAGCAGCUUCGCUAAAAUAAAAGCAGUCGAUGAUGAUGAAGGAAUUAACGCCGAAUUAGUAUAUACCAUAUAUGAGAAGAAGCAGUCUGAAGUUGGGAGCAUUUUUGCCAUUAAUCACAUUACUGGAGAGUUGUAUCUACUAAAGAAUGUCUACAACUCUGUUGGCAAAACUUUCCAGUUUUUCGUUAAAGCUAGCGACCGUGGACGACAAGAAAAACAUGCGGAAGUUCCUGUAAGUGUUCUCAUAAUGGGACCAAAGGACUUCCCUCCGAUAUUCGAACGAGAUGUGGGAAAGUUCUUCCUUUCUGAAAAUUCAGCCACAGGUACCGUUAUUACACGAUUAAAGAUGGUUUCUAACAUCUCCGUUAAUUUCCAAAUAAUAUCAGACACGGAGGAUGAUCCGCAAUUCUCAAUAGAUUCCCAAGGGCAGAUUUCUUUGUCCAAACCGUUAAAUUUCGAGAUGCAGAGUUCUCAUUUUAUCGGAGUUUUAGCACUAACCGAUUCUAGUCCACCUUUGGUAGCAUUCGCAGAAAUAAUGCUGCAAGUCCAAGACGAAAAUGAUCACGCCCCACAAUUCGAAACUUCGUUGUACCAUUUGAACUUGGCCGAGAAUGUUGAAGAAGGAAGAUCUGUUUUAAGAGUAAUCGCCCAUGACGAUGACCAAGGCAAUAACGGGGAAGUUCGUUAUAAUUUCGCUUCGGACAUAGGAGACACGGCAAAUUUAUUCGCAAUAGACAGCCAUACGGGAUGGAUAAGCGUUAUAGCCAAGCUGGACAAAGAAGUAAAAUCUGAAUACAAAUUUUUCGUAACAGCGACUGAUAAUGGUUCUCCCAAACACUCUGCGAGAACGACUGUUUUAAUACGACUUAAAGAUUAUAACGACAGUCCGACCACUUUCAGAGAAAGUUUCUACAAUAGCAGUGUUGAUGAAGAUUCACUGCCCGGAACUGUCGUGCUGACUUUGGAAACUAACGACGCUGAUAUUGAUUUAUCCACUCCCGUUGAUUACUACAUUGUUUCUGGAGAUCCUAGUUCGAAUUUUCAGGUGAAACAAACUGGAGAGAUAUACGUUGCGAAACUUUUAGAUCGGGAGCAAAUUAGCGCGUAUACUUUGGAAGUUGUUGUUACUGAUGGUCUGUUUACCGAUAAAACAAGAAUUGAGGUCAACAUUGGAGAUGUUAAUGAUAAUCCACCAUACUGUUUAAAACAUCGUUACAAGGAAAUUCUCUCUGAGGGCAUUUUCCCGGGGUCCUACGUCCUCACAGUGCUAGCCACAGAUCUCGACGGACCUGAACAUUCAAAAUUGCGAUACGUUCUAACUGGAAACGGAUCAGAAAUUUUCUCUUUAGAUAAAGAAACUGGUAUUUUGAAAACUGUGGCAUAUCUAGACCGAGAAAAGCAAUCUAAAUAUAUUCUUACAGCCCAUAUCCAUGACAAAGAAGUAGCUGUUUGGGAAUGCUCUUCUCAGAUAGAACUGACUAUUUCUGAUCUAAAUGACAAUGCUCCAUUGUUUUCUCUACCGUAUUACUCGAUAACUUUGCCGGAGGAUGUCGAAAUCGGUACAUUAGUGACCAAAAUUCACGCCUCCGAUGCUGAUGUCGGAAUGAACAGGAAAGUGAAAUAUUCGUUUCUGGACUCUUUCCACGAUCAUUUUAGAGUUGAACCUGACAGCGGCAUAGUAACGUUAUCUAAACCUUUAGAUAGAGAAAUUAAAGCUAUGUAUAAUCUAACUGUUCAAGCUACAGAUCAAGGCGCUCCUCAGCUGUCUAGUACAGUUCAUCUCAUUGUUAACGUUCAAGACAUUAACGAUAAUCCUCCAGAAUUUGAAACAAAGUAUUACUUUGCCACAGUACCAGAAAUCGACAGUAUUGGUACCGAAGUAGUAAGAGUACUGGCUACAUCAAAAGAUAUUGGAGCCAAUGCUGAAGUUUAUUACUCGAUUAUUGGUGGUAAUGAGCACAAAAAGUUUGCUGUACACAACAAAACGGGAGUUAUUACUAUAGCCGACAUUUUAGAUUUCGAAAGAGCUAGAGAUUACUUCUUAACGAUUCAAGCCAUAGAUGGAGGAAUUCCACCGUUGAGUAAUGUUGCUACUGUAAAUAUCACUGUAAUAGACUGUAAUGACAAUGCUCCUGUCUUCAAUCAAGCUUCAUACAGUGCAAGAAUUAGGGAAGAUGCUCAAAUUGGCGAUAAGAUCUUACAAGUUGUGGCUACGGAUCUGGACAGUGACAAAAACGGAGAAGUAACAUAUUCCAUAAUAAAAGGAAACAACCAAGGGCAGUUCGAUAUUGACGAAAAAUCCGGAUACGUUUUCGUCGCAUCAGAACUCGAUAGAGAAACUGUCUCCAGCUACGUCUUGGAAAUAUUGGCCAAAGAUAAUGGUUUACCAGUUUUGUCCCGACAGACAUUGCUCAAUAUUGAAAUUUCCGAUGCCAACGAUAAUCCUCCGUUGUUUUCUCAAGCAAACUAUAGUGUUAUUGUACAGGAGGAUAAGCCACUAGGAUAUUCGAUUCUAAAAUUCGAAGUUACCGAUGAUGACACUGUACCCAACACAGUUCCGUACACAUUUGACUUCCGUAGCGGAAACGAAGGUAACAGCUUCAGACUCGAUCAAGAUGGUGUCUUGAGAACAGCAACAAAAUUCAAUCACAAAAUAAGAGACACCUAUCUGCUGCAGAUACGAGUUUUCGACAAUGGUAGUCCGCCUCUGUUUUCGGAUACCUGGGUGGUUGUGAAAGUAAUCGAAGAAUCGCAGUAUCCUCCAGUGAUCACUCCUCUUGAGAUCAAUAUUAACAGUUACCUGGAUGAGUACCCUGGUGGGAUUAUUGGUCGAGUUCACGCGAAUGAUCAGGAUCAGUAUGAUACUUUAACAUUUUCGUUAUCUCCUACUCUUGGUAUUUCGUAUCCUACCCACGAAUUGUUUAGAAUAAAUAAGACUGAUGGCACUCUAUCAGCUUUACCAAGACUAGACGUAGGGGACUAUCGGUUAAACGUCACAGUUACCGAUGGAAAGUUCUUUACACAUGCAGUAAUCAAGAUCAAUAUUGAAAUAUUAUCCGAAAGAAUGCUAGAAAAUGCUGUCGGAAUCAGAUUUAGAGAAGUACGACCAGAAACGUUUAUAUUAAGUCACCGAAAAGGUUUUGUAAGAGCUAUUAGAAACGCUUUGAACUGCAGGUUGAAGGAUGUUAUCAUACUAAGCGUUCAACCCUCAUCUAACGACGAUAUAAUUAGAGUAAAACGAUACAGUAACAAAGAUUUGGAUGUUCUUUUUACCGUUCACAAACCAGAUGAAGGUUAUUUUUCACCUGAGACAAUAAAGAAAGCUCUGAACGACAACUUACAAGAACUUGAAGAAAGUACCAAGUUAGUUGUAGAAGAAAUUGUAAGGUUUAAGUGUUCAAAUAAAUACUGUAUAUACGGCGUUUGUCAAGACCACUAUGUAUUAGACACCGCUUCGAUAGACCCUAUUUGUACAGACGUUACGAGUUUUGUGUCUCCCAAACAUGAACAAAAGAUGGAAUGUAUAUGUAAAGAAGGCUACGGCGGGGAUAAAUGUGAUGCUAUAGUAAAUGAAUGUGCCAGACAACCCUGCGAGCCUUUCAAGCUUUGUGUUCCCGAUGCUUCGCAGGUCGGUUAUUCAUGUCAAUGCCCAGAAGGAUACGCUGGCACUAUGUGUGAUAUCGACAUUUCCAAAUGUCAUGAAAACAACUGUUACAUCGCUCGAAAUCCCAUAUCGUUCAGUGGAAAAAGCUACUCACAGUACAGAAUUAUCAAUAAGAAGUCUAUCGAAGAUAAGUUUAGUUUGAGUCUGAGAAUACGCACUGUACAGCCUACUGGUAACCUCCUCUAUGCUUCUGGAAAAAUAGAUUACAAUAUUUUAGAAAUCGUCAAUGGUAGGAUCCAAUUCCGUUAUGAAUUAGGUAGCGGAGAAGGCAUCGUCAGAAUUCCCAAUGUCUUCAUUUCAGACGGAAGCUGGCACGAAGUGAAACUCGAACGAGAUAGAAACAACGCAAAAAUCAUCAUCGACGGCAUUCACAACGCUCAAGGUUCGGCACCCGGAGUCAGCGAAAUUCUCAACCUCCAAAGCGAUGAGUUGUACCUUGGAGCAGAAGUUCACCAACAUCCCACAGUUCUGGGCUUCGAAGAUAUCCAAAAAGGGUUCAUAGGGUGUAUGGAUGAUAUCAGACUAUCCCGUGUUUCAGUGCCUUUACAUAAAUCCGGGGAAAAUUCUGUGGUUGUGUUAAAACGCUUCGCGAACGUGGAGUUUAGUUGCGAUACUGCCACGAUCUUAAUCCCACCCGGGCCUUGUGGAUCCCAACCGUGCAUGAACGGCGGUACUUGCAAGGAAAAUAAGAACGGAUACGAAUGUUCUUGCCACUCUAGAUUCACCGGGACUCUCUGUGAAAGAGACACGGAUCCAUGUGCAUCUUCGCCUUGUCUCUUCGGGGGAAAGUGCACACCAACAGUGACCGGAGACUUUACUUGUGAAUGCGUGUAUAUGCUGAGCGGAAAGAGAUGCGAAUAUGGCAGAUAUUGUGCCCCUAAUCCUUGCAAACACGGCGGAGUGUGCGAGGAAGGAGACGACGGUCCGCUUUGCAAAUGCAGGGCAUUUGCAGGAGAAUUUUGUGAGUUCGAUUUGAAUGAAUGUGAGUCAUCGCCGUGUCAGAAUAGCGGAUCUUGCAUUAACGAAUUCGGAUCCUUUCACUGCGCUUGUCCUCCGAAUGUUACAGGUCCUUACUGCGCGAACGUCAUCUAUAACACACCGUUUUCUACUGCAUUCUACAACUUUACUUAUAAGGAGCUCGCCUUCCUCGGUAUCGGAUUCGUAGUUAUUUUAUUAAUAGCGAUAAUUAUCAUAGUGGUAUGUUGUAAAUACUUCUGUAAAUGUAAGAAGAAGCGCAACAUGAAUAACGAAAAUCUUAAGGACAAUAUAGUUCUUAACUCGAAUAGAGCACACGAGCUGUCUGAGUUUAAACGCGGUUCCAAAAUUAGCAACCUAGAAGUUAAUCAAAGAGAACCGGCUUGCCCGCCCCGACCAGUGUCUUAUACCCCAAGCUCGCAAAACGAUCCCAUCUACAAUAGUAAUGCAGCUACAGUGAUGCUUAACAACCUAGACACGCUGCGCAGCUACGGUUCCGCCGGAGAUGAGCUCGAAAACGUUCCUUCCGACUACGUCAGACCGGACUACGUCAAAAACUUGAACCGGAACACCCCUCCAGGUUGCGUGAGCAACCACUACGAUUCGGAAAAGUCUACAUUCGCCGAGCAGAUGCAUUUAGCUUCCUCUUUAACUGACAGAUCAAAGAUCAAAAAGGGCACCAAUAUUCCCGACUACAUUCGGGUGGCAGCUACGAAUAACUGUGAUAAUAUAACAAGACUGUACGGAGGCAGAAGCAACGGCACAAGUAACAUUAAGAGCAACGGUUCAGUCAGCGGGGACGAUCAACGGAACACUGGAAGUAAGUUUUAUGUUGUUGUUCAUUGUUUAGUAUACAACUAUAAAUUUAUUUAG